GAAGUGCAAAAAUUAAAUUAACAUAAAAAAUGGCUGCAUAUCGGAGCGUAGUACCUUUACAAAAUAUGAUGUCCAGGGUGGCUCCUGGCACUGCUUUAGGUAGGCAGUCAGGACCUCAGAGGCGCGUGGCUUUAGUAGAACGCGGCACUGCGUUUGAAUUGCAAUUCUCGUUGUUAACCAACACAUGCAAAAUUCAAAGGCGCUCUUACAGUAAUUCGAAUAAAGUACUGAAGAAAUUGGAAAAAUCUACUACUCACGUGAAGACGGAAUACUUUGAGCCUCUGCCGUUGUAUAACGAACCCAUUUUGCAAUACAAUUCAGGAUCCCCGGAACGUUUGGCACUUGAGAGAGAGCUGCAAGUGAUACUUAAUCAUGUGGAGAUUGUUCCAAUAGUUGUUAAUGGCGAUGAAAUUCGCUCCACCUUCGAUAAGACACAGGUGCUUCCUUUCAAUAUAGAGAAGCCGAUUGCUCGAUAUGGUCAUGCUCAUACUCAACUUAUUGAGCAUGCCAUCGAAAAGUCCGUUGAGGCGCAAAAAGCUUGGGACUCAACUAGCUUGGGUCAGCGUAUGGAAAUAUGGAAAGAAGCAGCCGAUUUGAUUGCCACAAAAUAUCGUUGCAAAAUAAUGGCGGCAACAAUGCUGGGCCAAGGGAAAACAGUAAGGCAGGCAGAAGUGGAUGUUGCCGAAUUAGUUGACUUUAUGCGCCUAAAUGCAUUGUUUCUGCGAGAAUUAAUGAACUAUAAGCCCAUAAAUAAUUGCCCCGCCGCACAUCGAAAUUAUAUGAGACUACGGGGAUUUAGUGGUUUUGUGGCUGCCAUUAGCCCCUUUAAUUAUACCUCGAUUGCCGGCCAUUUGGCCUAUACACCCGCCCUCAUGGGUAAUGCGGUGUUAUGGAAACCGAGUGACUCGGCUAUACUAUCUAAUUGGUAUGUCUUCGAGGCUCUCCGAGCAGCUGGAGUACCCGACGGGGUUGUGAAUUUCGUGCCAGCCGAGGAAACAUUGUUCGCUAAGGUUUGUACACGUAGCUCGAAGUUGGCUGGCAUCAACUUCACUGGCACUGCGGGUGUUUUGAAGGUAUUGUGGCAACUUGUGGCCAACAACAUUAACGCCUAUGAGAACUAUCCUCGUCUGGUGGGGGAGUGUGGGGGCAAGAAUUUCCAUUUUGUGCACCGAUCGGCAGAUAUUAAAACGGUUGUAGCUACCACAAUACGUUCUGCCUUCGAAUAUGCAGGUCAAAAGUGUAGCUCCUGUUCAAUGCUUUAUGUUCCUGAAUCCCUGUGGGAAUCGAAGAUUAAAGCUGCCUUGCUGAAAAUCACAAGUCGUCUCUUUGUGAGCGAUGCCACCUAUACUGACUGCUUUUACUCCGCGGUGAUCAACAAACGGGCCUUCCAACGCAUUUGCAUGUACCUUCACUAUAUUGAGAACGAUGAGAACUGUCGGGUUCUGAUUGGGGGUACAAGCUCUCAGAAGCGUGGCUACUAUGUGGAUCCCACUAUUGUCCAAGUUACCAACCUGAACGAUCGAAUAUGCAAGGAGGAACUGCUAGGCCCUAUUCUGUGUGUGUAUGUCUACAAGGACAAUGAGCUUGCGGAGGUUAUGCAAACUGUGGCCAAGAUAAAUCAGGGACUGACAGGCUCCGUAUUUGCGAGCGAUAGUCAGUUUAUAGAAGAAGCUUGUGAGGCUUUCAGACUCAAUGUGGGAAAUUUAAAUAUCAAUGAUAAGUGCUCUGGCGCCAUGGUUGGACAGCAACCUUUUGGCGGCGGCCAAAAGACAGGAACCAAUGAUAAGAUGGGCAAUCCACAUCAUUUGCUGCGUUGGACCUCACCGCAGGCGAUUAAAGAGUCUUUUGUGCCACAUGUAAAUAUAUACUAUCCUCAUAUGGAAAUUAGCGACGCUGUUAUGAGGGUAACCCAGAUAGACGAUGUGCCUGCUGCUGAUGUGAAUAAAAAUUCGGAUAAGAGUGUUGUUGGAUAACUAUCGAAAUGAUCAGCUUUAAGAAAAUAUAGUAUGUCAGUUUCAAACAAAUACCUGAAAAUAAAACACUUCGAUUCUACCUAAAAA